AUGGUUGGAGCCUUUGGUAUUCAUGUGCGCUCAUAUGCGCGCCUGCUGCUUUCCUUGUUGUUCUGUUUAUUGUGCAGCGCGUCUGCAUGCGUCGCUAUCCUCGAGGGUCACACAAACGACGAGCCGCCUGAACAGGGCUCCCCGAAAGGCACGACAAAUUCCCGGCCGGCAGUCCCAUGGUGCGUUCUUGGCCCACAAUUGUUGGCCUGGUUAGUCAAGAUCAGCGGCCAAGGCGAAGAAGCUGCAGAGCCGCAUGCGCACGGUUGGUCAGACCCUGCAUGUGAAGACUGCCUUCCGCCGAUGCAUGACGUCAGGCGCACGCAUGUUGACAUGCACAUGGCCGCUGUGCCUCUAAGCAGAAAAAUCUCAGGACGCUACUUCCUCCCUUGCGGCAUGUUGCCCGAGUCUGCAUCUGAGAGAGAGAGAGAGUAUCCCAUCAACCUCCCCGCGACCAUGUGUAUGGCUACAACCGACGACUCGGCAUGGCCGUCUGCCUGCAAACGGCUUCUUGGCCCAUGUCUUCCCUCCGCCCGCUGCCCGUCUUCACUUCGCAUCCCUACUCACCCACCCUCCCGAUGCUUGUGCCCGUGA